AUGCUUCUGCUAGACUACCAAAAUGUGCUUAUUCAGUCCGUUCUGACGGAGCGUUUCUCAGGGUUGUACGUCAGAGCCCCUCCCGCCUCUAUUGACCAGACGGUCAGCGACUUUGAUGGCGUUACGUUCCAUAUCUCGACACCCGAGUCUAAGACCCAGAUCCUUCUUUCGAUCCAAAUACGAUGUUUCCCCGACCUUGUCAAGUAUGGAGCUGAGGAAGUUCUCCAACGAGAGUAUGGCGACUACAUGACAUCGGUUGAGCCGGGCUUCGACUUCUCUGUUCUUGUGGAUUUGGAGAACCUCCCGGAAUCAAAGGAGGAACGCAAUGAGCUGGCACUCAAAUUCGCUCUCCUGAAGCGCAACGCUAUGGCCGCACCAUUCGAGCAAGCUUACAAGGAGCAUUACGCAUUGAAGGAGGAGGCUUCCAAGUUUACUUCCGAAGAAGCUCCUCAGGGCGUUCAAGAGGGAGGCGAAGUUAAGGCAAUUCACUACCGAGAGGAGGAGGCAAUCUACGUCAAGGCCAGCCAUGACCGCGUCACCGUCAUCUUUAGCACCGUCUUUCGCGAAGAAACCGAUCGAGUAUUUGGGAAGGUGUUCAUCCAAGAAUUCGUCGAUGCUCGAAGAAGAGCGAUUCAAAAUGCCCCCCAGGUCUUGUUCAGGAACGACGCCCCUCUCGAGCUACAGAGUGUCCCGGGGGUCCAAGACACUGGGUCUGGAGAUAUUGGUUAUGUGACUUUUGUCCUCUUCCCUCGGCACCUAACUCCUCAGCGCAUGACCGAGGUCAUCUCUCACAUUCAGACCUUCCGCGAUUACUUCCAUUACCAUAUCAAGGCUUCAAAAGCUUAUAUUCACUCGCUGCUGCGCCGUGCUCGCCCCGAGAACGAGGAGAAGGAGAGAAAGACUGCCAGUGGCAGAACUUUCAAGGUGCAAGGAAACUAA